GCCGCCUGCAACGUGGCCACCAUCGCGGCGCUGGUGUCGCGCUGCCGCGCCAAGGUGACGGCGUCGCGGGCCGGCAAGCAGUGGGGCCGCAUCGCCACCGAGACGCUCAUCCAGCUGCUGGGCAUCAUGUGCGUGCUCCUGGCCUGCUGGUCGCCGCUGCUGAUGAUGAUGUUGAAAAUGAUCUUCAAUCAUACAUCUAUUGAACACUGCAACGCAACCAGCUACGUGGACGAAAACUCAGAACUGAAGGAAGAAUGCAAUUUCUUCCUGACCGCUGUCCGUUUGGCCUCACUAAACCAGAUUCUGGAUCCCUGGGUUUAUCUGCUGUUAAGAAAGAUCCUCCUCCAAAAAUUCUGUCAGGCAGCAAGUGCUGUCUCCGGCUGCUCUAACACCAGAUGGAAAGAGCGACAGGUCACUUUCUCAGAUGACAUGAGACAGACAACAGCAUGAAAAAAUGUUGAUUCAACUUGCAUGCAAACUACUUUUCACAAGUAGUUUUAAAUUUUACUGUGAAUUUGGGCAUCUGUGGCAUGACAGUGUUCCUGCAUAAAUAGCUGCAGUGUAAGUGGUAUGAAUGGACAUAGAGGGCCAGAUAAUUGCAUAUCAUGUGUGCCAACAAUGCUUAAAUAUAAACAAAGGGAUGUGUUCUGUUCUUAACAGUAACCUCUAAUUCUGGUGUCUUUGGCUGAGAGCAUUCAACCUCCAGAAUGUAGUCAAGCUAAAUACAUCAUGAUUUCUAAGGAUUCUUCUUGCAUCAAGUCAGAGGAAUCAGCCAUUGUUUUGUAAGGGAGACACAGAUUCAACUGCAACUCUACUAAAUUUUGACACUAGGAUUAUCUACUACAUCCAGAUAUUAUUUCUUCCUCCAAUUCUUUUUCCUUUUUGAGGGAAAAGUACAAGAACUUUAAGGAAGAAAAUAAUAGGAAGCCUUUAAUUUCUCCCAAGUUCAAUGUUUUGUUGCAAGAAGUGAAAAUGACAUGUAUUUUGAUGAUGACAUU